AUGGAUAGACCUCGCACGUUAUCUGCUCAACGGCUGUUUUGUCCAAAGCAUAUCAGUAUGCUAAACGAGAUGGCUCCUGGGCCUCGCCCCAUACCAGCAUUAGCCCCGAACCAUCAUCCCUGGCAGAACCAAUGCCUCCUACACAGAAUGCCGCCCCUCCUCAGCAAAAUGCCAAUGGACGAUUCUCAAUACACUACGUUGAGACUAGGUGUAAUGGUCAGCUCCGUUCCAAAUUCCGCAGGCGAAUCAAUGCGUUCGUCCUCGGGCGUUCUCGUCAAAGAUCAUUUGGGCUCUAAAUAUAUGACCACUGCCGCUCAUAGAUUCCCUUUCGAUAAAAACGUCUACCAUCCAUCUCCCAGAGGCGCAAUAAUUGGGGAAAUUUCAGGGCUCACUCAUACAGACAUUGCAUUGAUGAAACUCGGUGAUGGAGUAGAGUUUGUGAAUGAACCGUUUGGAAAUACGUCGACACCAGCCAGUCCUUUUCGACUCGGAGAUUUCAUUCGAAUGGCAGAAACAAAACGACAGCAUUUGGUCUUCCUUGAUAGCCCCUUUACUGGUCUUAUCGAGGGCCAGCUGAUGUCUAAAAAUAUCAUGCGUGUUCCAUCUGACGACCAAGAUCAGGAAAUAUGGAGCUAUAUCGGGCAAGACUCAGCUCAUGAGCUGGUGGACGGUGCUUGUGGCUCCGCCAUCUGGAACACCGAUCAUCGAGUUAUAGGCUUUCUCAGUUACGCCUCUAGAACAGGACUCUACAAGGAUCACUGCUUAAGUAUUGCUGCUGAUCAUCUUCUUGAUAGGGGGUAUAGCAUGGCCUAG